UAGAAAAAAAGUCUGUAUUGUGUAAAUGAAAUGUCUCGCCUCUACGCUACCAAAUAUCAAUAACUAUCGCCUCAUCGAUCCCCUAUCCAAGGCUCAACUACCCCGUCACACUCUCGAAAUAAACCAUCAUAGCACCCUGAUGGACCCCUUUUGCAAAGGCCUUCAGUUUUUUAUGUGCCUCACAGUCCUCGUCAUAGUACAGCAUAUCCUCAACUGAUGAGAAAACAGAUACAACUGCAACAGUGUAACCUUGGUCGCGCUGGCUCGGGAUGCCUUGGCCGGCUGUUACAGAGAGAAUGUAGGGCUUGCCAUCCUGAGAGAAAAGACUGAGGUUUGGUGAUAUGUUCAGAAGUGUAAGGCUUUGGAGAUUCAUACCUUGAUUGCGUUCUGUUUCAUGCCUUUGCAGAUUUCGAGGAGCUUCUCUUGGUCUCCGACAUUGGGAAUCUUAAAGAGUGUUAUUCGCUGGAUGGGCUUGGUGGUUGAGGCUGACAUGCUGACAAUAAUAGAACUAGAUUUAGGUCUCAGCGUGUAAUUCCUAAAAGUCCAGAUUGAUAUCUUGUGUCGAAUGCGUCGGAUACCGGUUAUUUGCGAGUUAUCGAGUGUUUAUGCUUCGGGAUUGGAUCUACUUGCAGAGACUAGCGGGUAAUUUUGACUUUCGGGGACCAUCCGCACUGGCUAGCAUAGCUUUCGAAUCACUUAUUACCUCGGGUAGGCAUCGAGGCUGUUUAUAGUACACAGCUGAAGUGCUUCGCACAACUACAAAGCCAACGCGCAACUGUUCCGAUCAUUCCGCCCUGGGUUUCCGACGACUUCCGUGAGAUCUUGCCUGGGCCCAAAAACAGCACUUUUGAUUCAGUGAUCGUGCGCUGAAGGCAUGGAAGAUCUGCUAAUGAUUAAAUUAAGGGGAAUUUGAAAGCUACUGAGUGAAACUAUUUCUUGGCAAGUUUCGGCUCGGCUCGCUUGCUGAGCGCCCCUUUCUACAGUACCCCGCAAUCCUUGAAUCCUGGACCCGCAUUGUCCUGCCACCUGUCAAGCUGCACCAAACGCUCUCCUCUGUUUAACUUAAACGCUCAAAUAUCAGGAAUAUAAAGUAGCAAGUACGCACAAAAGACAGCAUUUUGUUUCGACAUGUGAAAGAUGCAGCCGGUGCAUCUAGUCGAGACCCAGGAGUUUGGUCAGAAAAAGAGGCGCAGCGACGAUACAGCCACAGAGAAUCCAAGGCGACAGAGGCGAGAGAAAUAUGUACCUGCAGCAUGUGAGGAGUGUAAGAAGAAGAAGAUAAAAUGUACCGGCGAUCUUCCAUGUCAACGCUGCGAGUCUCAUGAUAAGGCGUGCAAAUACAUCCGUGGCGUUGGAGCUGGUGGCGACUUCGUGGAAAGCAGCUCGAACCGGUGCACAGCACUGGAGGCGCAAGUUCGUGGCUUGCAAGAGCACGUGCAGAAAUUACAGUCUGCGAUUCAAGACAUCAGAGUCCAAAUGUCGAGGAACCUUCUUGAUGUGGGUGAAUCGAGGUGGAACUCGAGUGGGCAGCAGCCCACAAAGGAUAAUAACACCACUAAAGUGGGACACGCGUCAUCUUCCCAGUCCAAAGCAAACUCCGCACCAACACGUCCUCAAUUCAUCGGACCCACGAGUUCAGAUUUCAGUUUUAACUUGGCAAACUCGGCACUGAGCCGUCUCGGCAUCGAAGCACCGAACGGAGAUGCAAGACUGGACAGUGCAGUGACGAGUCGACGUACCAGUCCAGAACCAACCUCAAGAGAUCCUACGACUAAUCCCAAAUUAGACCCGUUAUUGACGCUGGGAUUUGAAGAAUCUAAGCGUAUGUUGGAUGUCUAUGAAGAGGAGCUGCAUCCAAUCUACCCGUUUAUCGACAUCGAUAAUGUGAGAAUUCGGGCCCCUACCCUGUAUCGGGAGCUCGAAGCAAGAUGUUCCGGAGGUGAAGUAGCUCAGGACUCUAGAUCACGCAGUAUUGAUACUAUGGUGUUUAAACUGGUGGUUGCUACCGCGCUUGUGGUUGAUGGAGCUGGGAAAUCAAAGCUGGGGGAACAGUUGCUGGGGAGUAUUGAUGCAGCGUUGGACAGGAGUAUCAGGGGUAUUGGAAUAAAUUUGAAGCAGCUUCAACUCUUCACACUGACGAGUAUCUAUCAUUUGCAUUGUGACGAAGAAAUAUUGGCUUGGCGCACGAUCGGCAUUGCGGCACGGAUUGCACUUGAGAUGGGCCUCCACAGAAGAGAAAGUUUGGAAGAGAACGUCCCAGAUCCAGAGGAGAGGCACUGGGCAAAACGUUUAUUCUACUGUAUCUACGUUCUUGACCGAAGAUGGAGCUUUGGAACCGGACUGCCGUUUGCACUACAAGAUUCAGAUAUCGAUCCAGAUCUGCCUAGCUUGGAUGGCAGGGUUCCCUGCCUAGAAAGUAUGGUGUCGUACGGAAGAAUAUCCUCUCAAAUAUGGCAACUAGUUGCCGGCUUCAGCAACAAAUCUUCUAAUACAGACGAAGAGAAAGUCAACUACCUCGACUUCCAAGUCCAGCGCUGGCGCGAAUCCCUCCCACCAGCUCUCCAACUUUCAAUGAUAGACCCAUCAUCACCACCCAACACUCAAAAGACGUCAAUAUCCACCCCAUCCCAAAGUCUCCAACGCCUCCAAAUCCUCCUCUACCUCCGUGCCAAUCACCUCCGUAUCCUCAUCCACAGACACAACAUCAUGUCUUCCACAGCCAUCGCCGCAAACCGCGAAGGCGCCCACCUCGUGACAUCCAUCGCAAAAGACACGAUACGACUCCUCGUGCGGAUGCGCGAGACCUCCACAAUCUACGAAACACAACAGACAGCAUACAAUUACUUCCUCAUCUCCGCACUCGCAGCCAUCUUUCUAGCAGUGUGUCACGAUCCCGGAGAUUUCAGCGUGGGAUGUCGCGAUGAGUUUUUCAGUGCGUUGGAACUGCUGAAGGAUCUCUCGAGUCAUGGCGCCAGUGCGAAGAGGUUGUGGAAGAGCUUGAAAGGGCUGAAGAGUAUUGCUCCGAGGCUCGGACUCACGCCGAGGGAGCAGCGGGAUGACGAGGAGCGUGCUAUGUCUUUGGGUGGUAGUGCAAGUGGGAGAAAUGCACAAGGGGCGUUCUCCCAUCGCCCGUUGGUGCAAACGACAGUCUCUACGUUGGCAGGAGCCACGCCGGCUGAGGAGAGGGUCUGGAAUGUCAAUACUAGUGCUGGUAGCAUUUCUAGCGCUAGUGCUUCAAGGACGGGGGUCGGAGGCGUGGCGGUGGAUGCAGCUGAUUUUGACCUACCGGAUAUGUUUUAUAUGAGUGGUGAGUUGACAAACAUGUUUGAGGCUUUUGGGGACAUCCAGGGAAAUGGGCAGGUGGGGCUAGAUUUUAAUGUUCAGGACAGGAUUUUGGCGGAUGGAAGGGAUAUUUCGGCUUUGUUUGGGGAUUUGUUGUAG